CGUGUAAUCAAACUCUUUUAAUACCAAUACUUACAUUAAACAAUAUUUGAACAAACUGAUUACCUACGAUUAAUGAUUAAUUAACUUGAUAUUUAUUAUUCUUUAUUGUACGACACAUCUUUGCAUUUGAAUAAUAUCUAUCCUCAAUUAAAAUGGAGCAAUGGAUAAGGGAAAAUCUAUCUACAAUUUUGGAUUUUGAAGUGCCUGACGAUUUAAUAAAGUAUGUUUCGUCAAUAGAUAAUGAAGUAGAUUUAACUGAAUACAUGAAAACUUUGAUUGACUUCAAUAAUUCUGAACAUAAAAACUUUUUCUCCGAAUUCAUAAGGCUGAAGUUUCCUAUUAAAGGCGGGAUAUCUAAACAGCAAAAAAAGAAAAUAUCAAAAGGCAAGGUACAACAAGAGGUGAUCGUCAAGGAAACAGUGCCUACACAAAGCGAGCCUGAAAGUAAAACUAAGAAGAAAACAAAGUAUGUCAAUCUAUACUCACAAGAAGGGAAGAAUGCCCAAGUUGUGAUGCUCAAAGGAAGACACCGCUGUGAAUGUCAAGCUUCAAAACAUGAGCUGAUCAACAACUGCCUACAAUGCGGACGAGUGGUCUGCAGGCAGGAAGGCUCCGGCCCCUGUCUGUUUUGUGGCAGCUUGGUUUGCACUCCAGAAGAACAAAGGGAGUUGAAUGCCAAGACCAAAGCUAGUGCUAAAUUGAUGGAGUCGCUUAUGGAGAAGAGUCGACCCAAGGGCUGGGAGGACGCUCUGGUGCAUAGAAAUAGACUUUUGGAAUAUGAUAGGACAAGUGAGCGUCGCACCCGCGUCACUGACGACGACAGUGACUACUUCAACGCGAACAGCGUGUGGCUCAGCUCAGAGGAGCGCGCCAAACUCGACAAGUACCAGCGGUCGCUGCACGAGAAGAAGCACGCGUCCAGACUGAACAAGAAGAUGACCUUCGAUUUCGCCGGGCGGCAGAUAUUGGAAGACAAAACCAUAGACCACGAUGUGGACGAGGACAAGAUCAGAGACAUAACCGCGGGAGCACUGGCCGCCGGCGGGGCGCUGCAGACGCACGCGGCCGCCGCCGGGCCGCCGGACCGGGACGUGGCGCCCGGGGUCAACGCACCACUCUUACUGUUCGAUCCGUCAGUGGAAAAUGAGGAUUAUGCGAAUGUUGUUCGAGCCAACGGGUUCUCCCAGAUGUCUCGUAUACAAGACGCAGAGUUGCAGGAGAUGAGCGACACCGGCAGGUGCCUCUCCAUGCACCAGCCCUGGGCCUCGUUGCUCGUUGAAGGCAUCAAACUCCACGAAGGUCGUACAUGGUACACGAGCCACCGAGGGAGGCUGUGGGUCGCCGCCACGGUGAAGCCCCCAGACCAGGACGUCAUCAAGGCGCUGGAGAACCAGUACAGGGUCCUGUAUCCAGAAAAGCAAUUGCAAUUCCCCUCGUUUUACCCGACUGGAUGUCUGCUGGGCUGCGUCAACGUCGACGACUGCCUGCCCCAGGAGGAGUAUCGGAAGAUGUACCCGGAAGGUGAGAGCGACAGUCCGUACGUGUUUAUUUGCUCUAAUCCUGUCAGCCUGAGGCUUCGGUUUCCGAUCAAAGGACAACAUAAAAUAUAUCAACUAGAAAAAACAAUUCAUCAAGCCGCAAUGAAAUGUAUUCAAAAAAUGUCCAAAAUACAAGCCAACGCAGCUUAAAUCUCUUAUUUAUAUUUAUAUAUAUUAAAAUCCCCAACAAUGUUUCCAGAAUUAUUUCAAUGUUAUUUUUAAUAGAGAAAAUAAAUAA